AUGGACUUCACGCUAGAUUUCUAUAUGCGGCAAACAUGGCAGGAUCCUAGGCUGGCAUUUGGUGCCUUGGAUCUCGGCAUGGCCAAGCAGAUCUCUUAUUACGUGGUCGGUGUUGACUAUUUGGACCGAUUAUGGAAGCCGGACACGUUUUUCCCGAACGAGAAGAAAUCGUUUUUCCAUCUGGCCACCACGCAUAACUCGUUUCUUCGAAUCGACAGCGACGGCACGGUCUACACUAGUCAACGGCUCACGGUAACCGCUACCUGUCCGAUGAAACUGCAGCUGUUUCCGAUGGAUUCACAACGAUGCAAACUCGAGAUUGAAAGCUGUAACGGCACGUCGCCGUCUGUUCGCUCGGCACAUACAACGUCAAAUGACGUCAUCGACGAUACUGUAGCUGAAGACGGCUACAGUAUCCUCGAUAUAAACUAUGUGUUCGCCUCGAAAGAGUCCGUGACGCGAUCUGAAUUCGAACUACCACAAUUCGUGCUCGUCGACGUGAAGAUCAGCAACAAAACGGAAAAGCUCAGUUCAGGCGAAUACUCUCGACUUACGAGUUAUUUUCUUUUCAAGAGGAAUAUCGGCUUCUACAUCAUUCAAAUCUACCUGCCAUCAGUGCUCAUCGCUUGUUGUCAUUCGUGGAAGAAAAUCGACCGGUUUCAAUGGACAGGUCUUCCAGUAAUGGUUGGCAUUCUUUAUAUUUUGCUUAUUAUACGUCGUGACGCCACACCCGCCCGAGUGGCACUCGGAGUGACGACCGUGUUGACAAUGACCACUCUGAUGACAACUACC